CACCGCUUAAUAGUAGUAGUGUACACUACAGCAUAGGAGCUCAAGAGCGAUCUGUCGGUCCUUUAUGCCACUUCAUCCAAUCAUGGAAGAAGCAGGAGAUGCCAAACAUUACGACUUGUUGGGCCGGGGACGUCGGUGUACAAUGUUUAUACACUAGCGGGCCGUCAAUCCUUCCUCAAUCUAGACGAGCCGAACCAAGCACUAUGACAUGUCGUCGUGGUCCAGCACACAAGGAAGAGGGGCCGCUAGAAAUAUGUGUUCAGCGCUCGAAUAAAGGUUGAAAUAAGACGCCAUUCUCGCUCACUGGUGAACCCGUUUCACCCUCACAUGCUCCUCUGCCCUGGCGAUACCACGAAUCCAGGACGCCGACCUCAUCAAUAACCGAGGAACUAGAAGAAGCACUAGCUUCUGCUUCCCCAUCGUAGCCCACCAUGAAGGACGUCGAAGAUAUUCACCGUCCGAUGCUUAACAGCCUCCAGAGUACAUCAGCCAAAAUGAAGAAGAUUGUCCUCUCAGUCAAUGCUGGAUCCUCCUCCGUCAAGAUCUCAGCCUACAGCGCUCUCUUUGGCCAAGCGCCCAUCCAGCUUGCCGAAGCCCAAAUAAGCGGCCUGACCGCACCACCUCCCACCCUUCGAUACACACGGCAUGGCGAGAAAGUAAUCAACGACGAGGAAGUUAAAGACCAAAAGGUGUCCACCCAAGCCGAUGCCUUCGAUAUCCUCGUCAAGGCUUUGAUCGACGACAAUGGUGUCCCCGAGAUCAGCAGCAAGGAGGACAUCGCCUACGUCUGCCACCGCAUCGUCCACGGCGGAGACUUUGUGCGGCCCAAGCUGAUCUCGGACGAAACCUACCACAACCUCGAGAAGCUAAACGACCUGGCGCCGCUGCACAACUCCACCAGCCUCGUCAUCGUCCACCGCUGCAUGAGCGACAUGCCCAAGACGACCUUUAACAUCGCCUGCUUCGACAGCCAAUUUCACCAUACCAUCCCCGAGCACAUCCGGACGUACCCCAUCAACCAGGACAUCGCGCGGAACAACCAUCUGAGGAAGUACGGCUUCCACGGCAUCAGCUAUGCCUUCAUCACCCGUGCCACCGCCGAGUUUUUGGGUAAGAAGGUCGAACAUGUCAACAUCAUUGCUCUCCAUCUCGGAUCCGGAGCGAGUGCGUGCGCCAUCAAGGGCGGAAAGAGCCUUGAUAACAGCAUGGGAUUGACUCCCCUAGCUGGACUUCCUGGUGCCACGAGAAGCGGGAGUGUCGAUCCUAGUCUUGUCUUCCAUUACGCCAGCGACGUAGGCAAGCUCUCUCCGGCCUCCACGAAAGAUCUCCACAUCUGCCGCGCCGAAGAGAUCCUCAACAAGCAAUCCGGCUGGAAAGCUCUGACGGGCACCACCAACUUUGGCACCAUCACCGCCGCUUUGGACCCCUCCUCUUCAGACACCACCUCCCAUUUAUCUCCAGAGGAAGUCGCCAAAAUGCGUCUAGCAUUCAACAUCUUCGUCGAACGCAUCUGCGCCUUCAUUGGCGCAUACUACGUCUCGCUCCAAGGACAAGUCGACGCACUCGUGUUCGCCGGAGGCAUCGGUGAGAAGAGCCAUCAGCUGCGGGCAGCGGUCGUUGAGCAGGUUAGCUGUCUUGGGUUUGGACCCGUAGAUAAGGAGGCGAAUGAGACGAGGGUCAAAGAGAAGUUGGAUGAUAGUCAUGAUGUUAUCGAAAUUGCUCCUCCAAACUCAAAGAAGGGGAAAAGAGAUGGGAGAGAGCAUAGGGUAUUGGUUUGCAAGACUGACGAGCAGUUUGAGAUGGCGAGGGCAUGUGCCGAGGAUGGGGAAUUUUGGCGAUGAGGUGGUGCAGUGCGUGGUGGUGGAUGGAGGGUUUUCGAUAGAGGGGGGAGGAAACUUCGAUUUUGGCAGAAAGAAGAGUUCAAGUUGAGAGAGGAAACGGAGACUCGGUUGGAAUGAGAGCGGGCAAGUUCAGUUUGUUGGACAUCGACGUCUCUGGGAGGUCAAGCAUGUUGACAAAGUAAUAAAGCACAUGCAUUGACCAAAGUUGCUCGAGAUCCAUUUUGGAAAAUAGGGUUCAGAUGAAACGAAACGCUUAGUUAGGCCUGCAUACAUGCGUCUAUUUCCUUGCAAA